CCCAAACGGUGCUCAUAUAGCAGCUCAUCUCUGCAUCUGCAAGCCAUCCAAUGCUACAAUCUUCAGAGAAAAAGCCAAGAUUUUCUUGGAGUCUUUGAGCUCAACUCUAUGAGUUCGGUAGAGCCUACCAAUGGCCAUGCAGAUGCUCCUGGCAAAGCUGCUGAUGAGGAGGCACCACCGCCGCAGGAGCAAGGCCAAACCGAGCAGAAUCAGUGCGCUGAUGAGGCUGAGCUCCUGUGGAAGCUGAGGAAGUACCUGGUGCUGCUGGCGAUCCUCGCAGCGGCCAUCACCUUCCAGGCGGGGCUUGGCCCGCCCGGCGGCUUCUGGCAGCAGGACCAGCCCGGAAUCGGGUACCACGCCGGCGACGUGGUCCUGAGAUACAGCUACCCCAGGCGGUACCUCGUCUUCUUCUACUGCAACACCACGGCGUUCGGAGCGUCCCUCAUCGUCCUGAUACUGCUUCUUGUGAGGGAGCUGAGCCGCAACGCGAUUUGGCUCCGCUCGCUUCAGUUCGCCAUGGUGCUCGGGCUGCUCGGCCUCAUGGGGGCCUACGCUGCUGGAAGCUGCAGGGAGGUGAGGACCUCUAUCUACAUCUGGGCCUUGCUCGUUGGCAUCUUCGCGUAUAUCACUCUCCAUGUCAUAUUCCUGCGGCAUUUGGCGCCUGGAUGGCUGCGUGAAUUAUUCGACGGGAUUCGUAGACAUUGGAAGGAGACUCUGGAGAGGAUUUUCAAGAAUCCACAGAGUAUACCCGAUGAGCCAAAGAAUCUGGAACAGAAUCGGAGCUUCUUGCUGGUUCUUGCCACGUUGGCUGCGACAGUGACGUACACCGCAGGGCUAAACCCACCAGGUGGCUUCUGGCCUGAUGACGAUAAGCCUAGGCAUCUUGCUGGUGAUCCGGUGCUGCGAGAUCACUACCCCCGCCGAUUCAAGGCAUUCUUGAUCUGCAAUGCCACUGCAUUUGCUGGAUCACUUGUUAUUAUCAUCAUGCUUCUCAGCAAUACAGCAGUGGAUCAUGUUGUCAAGUCAAAUGCCCUGCGCAUGUGUGUGUUGGUGAGCAUCUUUGGGCUUAUGGGUGCCUAUGCAGCUGGGAGUUGCAGGGAAGUCCAUACAUCUAUAUAUGUCUUUGCCCUUGUUGGAGCUGUAUUUCUCUACCUCUGUAUUCAGUGGAUCGGGCCUAUCAUGCCAAAGCCAAAAUGCAUAGAGGAUUUCAUUAAACUGGUUAGAAAAAAGAAAACCGAAUUACUUCAUAAGCUGAGUUCUUUCAUCAUGCGGGGAACUAGGAAUCCAGAGGCCGGUGCACGUCAAGCACUGGCUGAUGGUCCUAAGGAUGAUGUGCAGAAAUUGCGCACAUAUCUUCUAUUGCUUGGUAUCCUUGCUGCCACUGUCACAUACCAAGCUGGGCUAAAUCCACCAGGUGGGUUUUGGCAAGAUAAUGAUGGACACAUUGCUGGUGACCCAAUUUUGGAGGCCAUAAAUCCCAAGCGCUACAAGGCAUUCUUCUAUUGCAAUGCAACAGCGUUUGUGGCAUCUUUGGUGAUUAUCAUCUUACUUCAGAGUCAACUGAUUACUGUUGGUGCCAUGAAGCGUCAUAUAUUGCAAACAGCCAUGGCAUUGGACCUUUUUGGUCUUAUGGGGGCCUAUGUUGCUGGAAGUAGCAGGAAGUUCUCGACGUCUGUGUAUGUGUUCAUCUUGGCCAUUCUUGUUUUCACUUAUUUUGCGAUUCAUGUUCUGCUGUAUUUUAGAAGAACUGAAGAUGAUGGUGGACAAAGUAAUUUGGUGAAGCAAAAAAGUGAAGAAAAGGUGUUGGGACAAACUGAUUUGGUGAAGAAGCAAAAUGAAGAAAAAGGUUUGGAGAAACGGCGCAAGUUUCUGAUGUUGCUUGCAAUUCUGGCAGCUUCCAUCACAUAUCAAUCUGGUCUAAGCCCACCAGGUGGAUUCUGGACCGAUAAUAAUAAUGGGCACCGAGCAGGUGACCCAGUUCUCCAUGAUGAGUUCCGACGCCGUUACAGAUUGUUCUUCUACUUCAAUGCCACUGCUUUCAUGGCAUCUCUGGCAGUGAUUAUGUUGCUUGUUAGCAAGAGGUUGUGUCAUAAGGGUCUGAAGUCCUAUGCUUUGCGAGCUUGCGUGCUGGUUGAUUUGAUUAGUCUCAUGGGUGCUUUUGCUGUUGGAAGCUGCAGGAGAGUGUCGACAUCUUUGUACGUGAUUCUUGUUGUUGCUGCAGUAUUUGCAUAUGUCAUGAUUCAAAUCUUGGUUCUGGGAUUUGCACAAAAAAGGGUGAAUGACUUCCUGAAGAAGCGUCAUUCUGGUUUUGAGAGCCAGCAAAGAUCCAUGGCUGCGCCUGGAGGCACCGAUAAGAAGAGAACAGCACACAAAUGGCGCAAAGAUUUGAUGCUGAUUGGAACGCUUGCGGUCACUGUCACAUACCAAGCUGGGCUACUCCCUCCAGGUGGGCUUUGGCCUAGUGAUAAGGAUGACCAUUAUGCAGGUGACCCAGUCCUCAAAGUUACCCACCCAAUUCGGUACAAGGUAUUCUUCUAUUGCAAUGCAACAGCAUUCAUGGCCUCAACGGUCAUGGUCAUCCUCCUUCUGAACAACACAAUAAGCAAGUACAAGAGAUCACUCCUCACCAUGAAGACAGCAAUGGUAUUGGACUUGCUUGGUCUCCUCGGGGCAUAUGCAGCUGGCAGCUGCAGGAAGUCCAAGACAUCUGCAUACAUUUUUGCUCUUGUCAUCGCUGUGUUUAUCUACAUUGUCAUUCAUGUAUUGCUGUCAUUUGAUGAGGUCGCAUUGUUAGUAAAAGAGAAGGGAAAGCAAUGGAUGCCAUGCCUUAAGAUGUGGGAUAUGAUUGAAACAGGACAACUAUCUGAAGGCGGACCUGAAAAACAACAACCAUCUGCUAUUCAAACUGGGGAUGCACUGCCAGAUGAAGACACACCUGAGAAAAAACAACCAUCUGCUAUGCAAUCGGGAGACGCACAUCCAGUUGUGCAAUAGUACUUCCAAUUGUGUCACUACUCAGACAUAUAAACAACCUGUAGCGGAUCCUCAUUUCAUUCUUGUAUAGAGUCAUCAUGUAGCAUUAUUUUCAAAGGUACAUUCUUUCCCUGUGAGGUUUGCUACCAUUUCUAUAGUCACCACAUUUUUGUAAGGUAGCAAACCAAACAUGCCUCAAAUACCUCUACUGCCAGAUUUUGGUAAUACCAAAUCCAACCCAAAAGUCUGGUAACACACCAAAUUAAGCCACCCGGUUUUUUUCCCAGAUGAAAGGUCCAUGAGGACCUGUUAAAAUUCAAUGAAUUACCCUACGCAAAUCCGCAGGUGGUGUUCAAAGAAGUGUUACUGAGAAAUUAUUAUGCUAAUUAUGGUUGACAAAGAUACCUGCAAGAGAUAAGGAUGUCAGUCUAAUGUCAGCGCAAACCAGCUUGAAAAAAUAUCAGACAUCUAUGCGUGUUAAUCAAUGGAGUGACUGAAAUAAGAAUCCGAGGUGCAAAAUGCCAGGUGUGUCUGUUGAGUUGCUAUCCUGCUCUUGAUGAUUCUGCUUGAACAUGUCUAUGUUCAUUUGAAAGAUACUUUAUUAGAGGCAUUCGAAAGAUACUCAAAUAGGAACAAUUGGAAACUAGAUAAUUAAAUUCAAAGGAAAAAUCUAGCUGUAAAUGGAAAGUUGACAAUUGGUUUAUGAUUAACCAUCUAGACUUUUUUAUUCUCAGCAGAAACCUACAGUCUUUAUGCAGGUUGAAUGAUAAACUGAAUAGCUAUUGAUGCAUUUAUUCAUUAUCAUAGGAAAACUAGGAUAACAGCAUUAUUAUACCUGUAUGUACUGACAGUUUAUCUGCAACCAAAGGAAUAAACAAAUUUGUUUUCCUCGCAUUCCUUAAAUAAUAUCAGUUGCAUCUUCUAUUUGUGACAUAAAAGGCAGGUAGAGGUCAUGGGUUAAAGUUAUCAUUCUCCUUUAAAUCUAAGAUUGGUAAGUCCUCUGGUCUUCCUCACUAUUCUCAUGAUAAAAGGCAAUUAACUAAAUGCUAAAUGAGAAUAUAUUGGCACCGAUGUUUUGAUAUCAUCAAUCUAUAUACCGAGG